AUGUUAUCUGAAAACUCGGUGGUGGCUGACUUGUUCGCCGCCUUGGUUUGCUGCGUCGUUAUAUUCGCUUUUCUCUUACUAUGGAAAGAAACAGCCAAACGAGGCGAAGAUCAGUUUUCAUGCUUUGCUGGUCAUUAUUCAGGUAGUCUCAUUAGCAAUGCGCACUAUAUUGUUUGUCAUGUAUUGCCUUGCAGAAUAGCUAAUACUUAUCAUUACACUCCGGGAUUUCGUGGAGCAACUUUAGCAGCUAUUACUCCUGGUGUCAAUAUUAUUCGAAUGCUUCUUAUAGGUUCUGGAAUUUGGAAAGAUGAAGGCACCGUGAAGUCAAUGAGCAGAUAUGGAGACUACAGGGAACUUCUUAAAGGGCCACUUUAUUAUGCUAUAACGGUUACUUUGGCUUGUGCGGUAUACUGGAGGAAUUCACCUAUUGGAAUUGCUGCAAUAUGUAACCUUUGUGCCGCAGAUGGUUUUGCGGAUACUGUAGGAAGGCGAUUUGGUAGACAGAAGCUUCCUUACAACAGGAACAAGUCCAUAGCUGGUAGUGUUGCAAUGGCCACAGCUGGUUUUUUGUCUUCUGUAGGGUAUAUGUAUUACUUUUCCUACUUCGGAUAUAUUCAAAAGAGUUGGGGGAUGGUUUUGGGUUUCUUGAUUGUGCCUCUUGCCUCAGCCCUGGUGGAGUCUCUUCCGAUUAGCACCGAGCUUGAUGACAACCUCACGGUUACCUUAACAUCGAUAUUCAUCAGCAGUCUCAUUUUCUGAUUUAAGAAUCAGUGC